GUAAAGGAAGACGGAAGAAAGGAGGCCGAAACAUAAACCCUAGAAGGAAGAAGGAAGUGGCCUCCAUUUGGCUCUGAGCAGGUCCUGGCUGACGCUGUGCAGUUUUUCUGAUCGGAUGCUGGGGAGCCCACUGGUCUGGAGAUCUACACAUGAAGUCGCCAUAAAGAGGGUGGCUCCCGCUCCGUCGAGACCUCGUCGCCGCGAGGUGAGGCUAAGAUGAGCAUAACCAGUGAUGAAGUGAAUUUCCUGGUGUAUCGCUAUCUCCAGGAGUCAGGUUUUUCCCACUCGGCGUUCACGUUCGGUAUCGAGAGCCACAUCAGCCAGUCCAACAUCAACGGGACGCUAGUGCCCCCCGCCGCGCUCAUCUCCAUCCUGCAGAAGGGGCUUCAGUAUGUGGAGGCCGAGAUCAGCAUCAAUGAGGAUGGCACUGUGUUUGACGGCCGCCCCAUAGAGUCCUUAUCCCUGAUCGACGCUGUGAUGCCAGACGUGGUGCAGACGAGGCAGCAGGCCUUCCGGGAGAAGCUUGCUCAGCAGCAGGCCGCCGCAGCGGCGGCGGCGGCAGCAGCGGCGGCGGCAGCCACGGCAGCGACAGCUGCCCCAGCGGUGACAGCUGCCCCGGCGGCGGCGACAGCGGCUGUUUCCCAGCCCAACCCACCAAAGAACGGAGAGGCCACGGUGAACGGGGAAGAGAACGGAGCCCAUGCAAUAAAUAAUCAUUCGAAACCAAUGGAGAUUGACGGCGACGUUGAGAUUCCACCCAACAAAGCCACCGUCCUGCGGGGCCACGAGUCCGAGGUGUUCAUUUGUGCAUGGAACCCCGUCAGCGACCUCCUAGCGUCUGGGUCCGGAGAUUCCACUGCAAGAAUAUGGAACCUUAAUGAAAACAGCAACGGGAGCUCCACGCAGCUCGUGCUGAGGCACUGCAUACGGGAAGGUGGCCAUGACGUCCCCAGUAAUAAAGACGUGACCUCGCUGGACUGGAACAGCGAUGGGACACUGUUGGCGACGGGUUCCUAUGAUGGGUUUGCGAGGAUAUGGACGGAAGAUGGUAACCUGGCCAGCACCUUAGGCCAACAUAAAGGCCCCAUUUUUGCUUUGAAGUGGAACAAAAAAGGGAAUUACAUUUUGAGCGCUGGGGUAGACAAAACAACGAUAAUUUGGGAUGCCCACACAGGCGAAGCCAAACAGCAGUUUCCGUUUCAUUCCGCCCCUGCUCUCGACGUGGACUGGCAGAAUAAUACUACGUUCGCCUCCUGUAGCACAGACAUGUGUAUUCACGUCUGCAGACUCGGCUGUGACCGCCCAGUCAAAACCUUCCAAGGACACACAGUAAGUGCAACUUCUGACUGGGGGACUCAAGUUCCUGAGGGCGUGCUGGGAGGUGGGAGCCAUAUCCUUUAUGCCUCGGAUCAAAAGAUGCUGACCUGUUCUGCAGCCCUUUGCUGCUUGGGCUGCUCUUGCGUCGUAAGUGACGAUUGCUUUGCUUUGCAGAGCGGCAGUCUCGUCCACAGCUACCGAGGAACUGGCGGCAUCUUCGAGGUGUGCUGGAACGCUCGCGGGGACAAAGUGGGCGCCAGUGCGUCCGAUGGCUCUGUGUGUGUGUUAGAUCUGCGAAAGUAAACACCAAAUACUGCGGGGGGGGAAAAAAGAAGAAUUCUAAUGGACCAGCUGUGAAUGUGUGUGGGAUUGCAGCACGCUUCAAACAAUUCUCUCAGCUCCAAAACUGUAGGAACUUGACUUGCGUUAGCGUGUCCUUCGAAAUCCAAUCAUCCCUGGCCACAGGAGCCUGUAUUUUUUCGUAAUCCUCAUCGAGACGUUUAAAACAGAAGCAUACAUACACACAGUCAUAUCAGAGGGGGAACGAAUGGUUGCCACCUAGAACAUUCCGCCUGGAAAGCAUAAAGCCCUCCGCGAGACGGUGCAUGGUGUGGUUCCCAUCCAGAGAGGCUCUGAUACCUGAGAGGGGAGAGGGAAAAAAAAGGGCGGGGGGAGGGAUCUGUGCCAAAAAGAAAGAAAGAUGCUGUGAUAAACCAAAAGGGGGUGGAAAAGUUCUCCUCCAUGUGGUGGGUUUGUUUUUUUUCCCCCUAACAAUUUGGACACUACAGUUAGCUCUCGCAAAGGAUGCUCGACGACCAGUUUGUACCUAUGAGAGGUGCAGCUUUGUAAUCCCAACACUUCCUCAUUUCCAGAACCUUCUUUGUCCGGUGGUUUUUCUGUCGGCUGGUGGAACCCUGUCGUCUGUCGGGGGCGUUCCGUCUGAGAUGGAAACUGUUUUUGGUUUGUUGCUUGUUCCCUGGUCCAACCUGCCCCCUCUGCCUUUUCCCUCCGUUGAUUGUGGUCUUGAUUUGCAGUAAACCCUCAGUAGAUGCAGCCUGGUGGGCACCAUGACAAAACCUUUGACGGACAGCCUUCUCGCUUCCCUCUCCACCCUCCCCCCCUGCUGUUCCCUCCCUUCCCCCUUCACCCCCUGGCUGUCCCUUUAUCAUAGUUGCUUCAGAUCUUAGGUCUCAAGGGCACUUUCAGCACGUGACAAGUGCUGAAAUGUAAGAAGGCAGGGCAGGGGGACUUUUUACAGGAGAAAAAAAAAUGACUUAUAAGAGAAAGAGCCCAAAGUAUUUUUGGAAGAAAAAAAAAUAUUUUUAUGUUAAAACAAUUUUAAAAUCCUAAAAUGGCCAUCCAUCAGACAUAGAGAGCUAUGUGUGGUUUCAUAUUUUACAAAAAAAAAAUUUAGGAAGACACAGUCAGGGUCUGAGGUAGGUCUUCCUGUUCCCGCCGGCUGAGGACGUGGGGUGGGUCAGGGACAGACGCCGUGGAUCGCUCUGGAAAUGUGCUUCAGCCCAAGACGGAAAUCCCAGCUGUUGCAGCUCGAGAACCAGUGCGGCACCUCUGAGUGUGUGUUUACCUGCGUGGCCUACCUGACGAAGGAUGCACUGACCCCGCCCGAAAAGCAUGCCCCAAACCAAACGAUAUUGAAGAAGCCAUCGAAACCAACAGCUCAGCUCCCUGCACCUAUGGGUGACACCUCGUUUGCAGUGACGGCCAUCUCCCCAAGAUGGGCAGCUGGGCGAGUCCUUGCACAGCUGACCUGAUGGCUGCAGGACCUCCUUGGGUUGAAUACUGACAGAAAUGAACGGGGGGAAGGAAGGGUUUUUUUCAGUCCUGAAGGUGAAUUCAUGGACACUGAUCAUGUCUGCCGUCUUCAUCGCUUCUUUCUCUCCCAAGAGACUAGGAGAAAGAUUUUCUUUUUUUAAACAAUGAAUCUUUUUACUGUUUUUAAAAAAAUUAAACAUGGCUUUGUGUUCCUACAGGAGUUUUCUUUCAUUGGAUCAGGUGACCUUUGUACCCGUGUUGUUGUAACCCGGCACUGACCUGUUUUUAAAAGGAGCAACUUAGGGGGAAGGACCCCCGAAGACAGGAUGUCUUCUCUCUGGUUUUCCUGCGGGCACAGGAAGGGAUGGGGCCAUCAUCCAGGCCGGGGGCGUUGACCCUGGGCAGGUUUCAGCCAGGUGUGUGUUUCCACAGGGACAUGCAGUGCUAGUCAGAGAGUGCCGUCCAUCUGAGGACCCAAACAUGCACCAUCAGGGCAGGGCAUGUGCGUCCUGCAGACCUUGGAACGUGCCAGCUACCAAAGCCACAGCCCCGUCCACCAUUGUCAGGUCAUGACUGAGCUGCACUGGACACGGGAAGUAUUCAAGCUCCAGCCAUAGAAAACCAAAAAGAGCUCUGUUUACGAGUUUGGGUAUUUUGGCGGGGAUGGGGGGGUGCUCUGCUACCUGAACGGUCAGGGUCCUGUGGAGUCGCCACUCCCAUCUUGGAAGACAGCAGACACCCCUCCACCCCCGGCUAUGCUGAUCCUUUCCUGCCCCAAGAAGCUACUAGGUGUGGGACUCAGCUUAUCGAGGGCCGGCCCGUGGGCGAGACACAGGGAGGGCUUCGCCCGACCAUCCUCAUUGGAAGGUCCGUAGCCUGGGUCUCGCCCAAGUGUGACCUUGCUAAAUCAGAACCUCGUGGCCUUGGUGAGGUCGGAGCCGCACUCUGAGGCCCCAGUCCGCACAGGCCAGGCCAGUGCCCGGCGGGGCACGUGACAACGAGGAAGGCAGCCUGCCCACACCCCUGCCUUCCCCAGCCGGCCACCGGAGAAGAGCUUACCGUGGGCCCCAGGGGGGAACAAGCGAGAGACUGGGCCCGGAUCCGUCCCCGUUCUCAGCACAAGGACCCUCCGACCUUCACACGCCAGCCAACAGCCGGUCACUGGCAAGCCAGGAGUUCAGCUUUGUAACCCAGGUGGCCCGCGUGUCCUGUCACCGUGUGCCAUUGUUUACAGCUCUUAAAAAUUGGGAGUGAUGCUUCAGUCUUAGUGACCAAAUGUAACCUUGAUUCUGAGAGCAGACGAAACACACCGGAGUCUUCGGUUGGGCUUGAAGUGACUGGGAGCGCGUCCUGCCCACGGGAUGCUGGGGACAGGGAGCUGCGGGGACCCCCACACAACCCCUAGGACUUGACCUCCGUUCUGUCUUUCUAAAAGUAGGUCAUGGAGCCAACUGAAGUGCACUUUGUCAAAUGUAAGGGUCUGCUUGGUUCCUGGUUAUUUUUCUCUCUCUUUUUUUUUACCUGUUUCACUUUUUUUUUUUUUUAAAUCGUGUUUCUUGUCAAACGCAGAAAUGUUCCUUCCGCCACUCACUGAGGUUUUGAAUUCUGGCUUCUGCGGUUUUUAUUGUCUGUGUCAGACGUACAGCCAGAUGUCGUUGUCUGUAAGCACCUCCCCGAUUCCGUCCCACCCACAUCGACCCCGUUCUGUUCUGCCCCCCCACCCCCACCACUCACCCUCACGCUCUCCGAGAAGAAGAAUCACCUUAUGUGUCGUAGCUCAUUUGUUUCGAGAGAGAAUCAACAGAUCAUAUUCAGUGUCUUGAAUAAAUUGCUCUAUUUUGAUAUUA